CGAGGCCGGCUGCCCAGUGCCGUUGUCGCCAGUUACGCGAAACGUACCGCCGUCGGCCGUUCAACCGACGAAGACGUCGCCGGGUCUCGCUUUUCAUCACCGAGGAGUUGAAGUGUGAGUCAAAUAAGACGUAAAAAUGCAAUCUACAAAAGAAGAAAAUGCCAAAAAGAAGAACCUUCGGGCUCUUGCCAAUCCACUUUCUGCGGUCACAUUUAGUUGGACUCUGCCCCUUUUCUGGCAGGGCUUUAAGCGUGAACUCCUCGUCGAUGACCUGGCCGAGCCGCUUGAUGAACACUGCUCUUCGAAGCUGGGUGAUAAACUCGAGAAGGCCUGGGAUGAAGAGGUCGCCAAAUGUAAAAAUACGCAAAAAUCACCUAGCUUCCUCAAGGCAAUUUUGAGAGUGUUUGGUUGGCGGCUCUUCUUUUAUGGUUUCUUCAUAGCCACAGCAGAGCUCGGGGCUAGGGUCGCUCAACCUCUUUUGUUAGGACGUCUUAUUGGAUGCUUUACAACAGGCCUUAAUGAAACGUUAAAUGAGGCGUAUAUGUUUGCAGUGGGAGUCAUUUUGUGCACAGCGUACACAAUAUUCAUAACCCAUCCAUACAUGAUGGCGAUAAUGCACAUCGGUAUGAAAUUACGCGUUGCCGCAUGUUCCGUCAUGUAUCGCAAGGCGCUGAGGCUGAGCAAGAUGACGCUGGGCCAGACCACUGUCGGAAAGGUCGUCAACCUCAUGUCAAAUGAUGUCAACCGGUUUGACAUCGCCUUCCUCUUCGUUCACAUCCUUUGGAUCGGACCCGUACAGACGAUCAUCGCCACAUAUUUCAUGUGGAAUGAAGUUGAAUGGGCUGCCAUCAUCGGUCUAAUUUCUCUUUUCAUUUUCAUCCCCUUUCAAGCUUUCCUUGGGAAAAAGAUCUCCCAUUAUAGACAGCGAACAGCCGCUCGGACUGACGAACGUGUCCGCCUCAUGAAUGAAAUCAUUUCUGGAAUCCAGGUGAUCAAAAUGUACACGUGGGAAAAGCCGUUUGCCAACCUUGUCUCAGAGGCUAGGAAAAAAGAAAUAAAGUACAUAUCCAAAUCAUCGUACAUAAGAGGAAUCCUUCUGUCGUUUAUUGUUUUCCACUCCAGAGCCAGCAUAUUUUGCACAAUCAUCGCUUACGCCCUUUUUGGAAACAAUAUCUCAGCCGAAAAGGUAUUUGUUCUGGCCUCAUUUUACAACACGUUGAGGCAGACGAUGACGGUCUUUUUCCCACUGGCCAUCACUCAGACUGCGGAAGGAAGGAUAUCUGUCAAGCGUAUAAGGGAGUUUUUACUCUUGGAUGAAUUUCAAACGAGCAAAGAUUGUGUCACGUUAGAGAAGAACGGCGACGUCUUGUCUUUUGACAAAAAACAGACUCCCGAACGGUAUGUUCAUCUCCUGAAAGAAUAUGACACGCCUUGUGUUGAGAUCAAAAACGCAUCGGCUAAGUGGAACGAGAACAACGAGACUUUGAACAACCUAUCUUUAGAUGUUUACCCAGGAAAGCUGACUGUCGUAAUCGGUCCUGUCGGCAGUGGGAAGUCUUCCCUCCUCUACAUGAUCCUGAGGGAGCUGGAGUUGUACAGCGGUUCAAUGAAGGUUUGCGGGAAGAUGUCGUACGCUUCGCAGGACGCCUGGCUCUUCCACGGUAGCGUCCGGCAGAACAUUCUCUUCGGUGAGGAGUUCAACAAGGAGAAGUACAAGAAGGUCAUCAGAGCCUGCGCACUCAAAACGGACUUUGAACAGCUUCCUUUCGGCGACAAAACCAUCGUGGGUGAGAGAGGCGUGUCACUCAGCGGUGGACAAAGGGCGAGGAUAAAUUUGGCAAGAGCUGUUUAUAAGGACGCUGAUAUAUAUUUGCUCGAUGACCCCCUCUCUGCAGUUGAUCCUCAUGUCAGUAAACAUCUUUUUGAGGACUGCAUCCAAGGCUACUUGAAAAGUAAAGUUGUUAUUUUGGUUACGCACCAGCUUCAAUACCUUGAAAAAGUCGAUCAGAUCAUUUUACUGGAAAAUGGUCAUGUAAAAAUGAGUGGUAGUUACACCGAUCUAAAAGAAUCUAAACUGGAUUUUACUGGUUUCCUCAAUACAGAGAGCAAUGAAGAUGAUGAACUUAUAGAUGGACCUCGACGACUUAGCAGACAAUCUUCUAUACAUAGCGUGGCUUCUUCAAUGAAUGAGGACAGAUGGAACGGGGAGCCUGUUGAGAAUGUCGAGUAUCAGAUGAAAGGUUCUGUGAGCAGCAAGAUCUACUACGCUUACUUCAGAGCCGGCGGCGGGAUGUUCAUUAUCUCUGUAGUGCUUAUGCUGUUCUUUUUUGUACAAAUUCUGGCCAGCGGUGGUGACUAUUGGAUAACACAUUGGGUGAACCUCGAGGAGGAUAACAUUUCCCAAUCUGAUAGAGACUUCUGCAUAUAUGUUUUCACCGCCCUCAUCGUCUCCACGGUCGUGUUCACUUUGAUCCGAUCUUACAUGUUUUUCUACAUGUGCAUGAGAUCGUCGACGAACCUUCACAACCAGAUGUUCAAUGCUCUAACACGCACGACAAUGUGGUUUUUCAACAAUAACAGCUCAGGCCGUAUCCUCAAUAGAUUCUCAAAGGACAUGGGUUCAAUUGACGAGCUUUUGACAGCAGCACUGAUCGAUGUUUUACAAAUUUUCAUCACCUUAUUCGGUAUUAUAAUCGUUGUGGCCACUGUGAAUCCGUGGCUAUUGAUCCCCACAGCAGUAUGCGCCAUCAUUUUCUAUUUCUUACGUAUUUUCUACUUGUCCACUUCGAGGAGCAUCAAAAGACUUGAAGGGAUCACUCGUAGCCCUGUCUUCACCCAUGUGAAUUCUUCUAUGCAAGGACUGACGACAAUUAGAGCAUUUGGAGCACAGAAAAUCCUAAUAAAAGAAUUCGAUUAUCACCAGGAUCUACAUUCAUCAGCAUGGUACUUAUUCAUCGCAUCAAGCAGAGCGUUCGGUUUCUGGCUUGACUUCGUCUGCCUGAUUUACAUAAGCCUUGUCACCUUGAGCUUUUUGAUUUUUGGAGGAGAGAAAUAUGGUGGCAAUGUCGGUCUGGCUAUAUCGCAAUCAAUCGGUUUGACCGGUAUGUUCCAGUGGGGCAUGCGGCAGACAGCGGAGCUAGAAAAUCAAAUGACUUCUGUUGAAAGGGUCAUGGAAUACACUUCACUCGAGCAAGAGCCCCCACUUGAAUCUCCACCAGACAAAAGACCGAAAGAGAGUUGGCCUGAGAAUGGAAAAAUUGAGUUUAAAAAUCUCAGCCUGCGAUACAGCCCCUUAGACCCCUGGGUCCUUCGAGACCUCAACUUUACUAUUGAGCCCAAUGAAAAAGUUGGAAUUGUUGGACGGACAGGAGCCGGUAAGUCUUCGCUUCUUUCAGCAUUGUUUCGUCUAUCCGAAUUGGACGGUAAGAUCAUCAUCGACGGAGUUGAUACGUCUGAAAUAGGCUUGCACGAGUUGAGGUCAAAGCUCUCAAUUAUACCACAAGAGCCGGUUUUGUUUUCUGGUACGCUCAGGAAAAACCUGGACCCUUUUGACGAAUACAAUGAUGACGUCCUUUGGAGCGCUAUUGACCAAGUUAAAUUCAGGGAAGCUGUGAAAGAGCUGGCCGGUGGCCUCCAGGGUCGGAUAUCAGAGGGUGGAUCCAACCUAAGCGUCGGCCAGAGGCAGUUGGUCUGCCUUGCCAGGGCCAUAAUUAAAAACAAUAAAAUACUUGUCCUAGAUGAAGCGACAGCGAAUGUUGAUCCGAAGACAGACACUCUAAUACAGCAAACGAUAAGAGAUAAGUUCAAGGACUGUACUGUCCUUACGAUCGCUCACCGUCUGCAUACUGUUAUGGACUCGGACAAAGUCCUCGUAAUGGAUGCUGGUACGAUGGUGGAGUUCGAUCACCCUUACAAACUACUUGAGAACAAGAACGGCUUUUUUUCAAAAAUGGUUGAAAACACAGGCACCCAAACGGCAGCUCGAUUGAUGCAAAUGGCACAUGAGAGUUUUGCCGUUGCACGAGACCCUGAGGAGCAGUAAAAUCGUGAAACGAGCCUGCAAAUCUUUAACUCAAUCCUCCUGCCACUACUUAAGUGAUGUUUCAGAAACGUCACAUCAAAUGUGUCAACGUUAACUUUUACCCGUGUUAAUAUUAAGUUAUUUUAUGAAGUGAAAUUUAUAUAAUGGCCAAUUAUGUGUCGAUUUUUCUUUUUAUUCCUCUUACAUAAAGGUAAUCUGGUGAAAUGUUCCUCUCUCGCCUACAAUUUUUUUUUGGUCCUCAGACACGGGAAAGAAGGGACGUGAAAAAGUGUGCCUUUUGCUUGUAUACCGCCAUAAAUUUAUGUUAAAUGUACUCUAGUGUACUUAAAAUUGUACUUUUUUCUUUCUGUAGUACUUAAUUUAAAUUCGAGCGUCGAGAUUGCAACUGUGGAUUGCAGACCAGUCUCGUCAAGCUCGCUUUGUUUUAAUAAUUGAAUAGUUACCAACGACGGCGAUAGAAGACAAAACGUUCAAUCAAAACUUCUACUCCAGUCACUUUUGAAAAUCGAGCCAAAUAAAAGAGUAUUAUUUUUUUCAUGUAAAAUGCAAAUUUAUACUUAAAUUUCUGAAGAUUAAAUAUGUAUUUUUUAUGUA